AUGGCACCUAUUCACGACAAAAGUGAUACUGGCUUGAAGAAACCUCACAAGGUGGUCAUCAUUGGAUCCGGUCCAGCUGGCCACACUGCCGCUAUUUACUUGGCCCGAGCGAACCUCGAACCAGUGAUGUACGAAGGCUUUCUUGCAAAUGGAAUCGCUGCCGGUGGACAACUUACUACUACUACUGAUGUGGAAAAUUUCCCUGGAUUCCCGGAUGGGAUUGGCGGUUCCGAGAUCAUGGACAAGUUCCGUGCGCAGUCUCAGCGUUUCGGGACCGUGAUUCACACUGAAACCAUUUCGAAGGUGGACUUGUCUAGUCGUCCUUUCAAACUCUGGCGGGAAGGCUUUGAAAACGAGGAGCCUGAACUUGCCGAGGUCCUUAUCAUUGCGACGGGUGCAUCCGCUCGUCGAAUGCAUAUUCCAGGUGAGGAAGUGUACUGGCAGAGCGGUAUCAGUGCAUGUGCUGUCUGUGAUGGCGCUGUCCCUAUUUUCCGCAACAAGCCGUUGGCUGUCGUAGGUGGUGGUGACUCUGCAGCGGAAGAGGCUACUUAUCUCACAAAAUAUGCAAGUCAUGUUUAUGUACUUGUUCGCCGCGAUGAACUUCGUGCGAGUAAGAUCAUGGCGAAGCGCUUGCUCUCUCAUCCGAAGGUCACUGUUCUUUUCAACACAGUUGCUCUUGAGGCAAAGGGUGACGGUGAGCUCUUGAAUGCUAUUCGUGUGAAGGACACAAAGACGAAUGAGGAGAGAGACAUGCAAGUCAAUGGUCUUUUCUAUGCUAUUGGUCAUAUUCCGGCCACUUCCAUUGUGAAAGGCCAAGUCGAUUUAGAUGAAGACGGAUACAUCUUGACAAAGCCUGGCACUUCACUCUCUUCAGUGCAUGGUGUAUUCGCAGCUGGUGAUGUUCAAGACAAAAAAUACAGGCAAGCUGUUACGUCUGCGGGAAGUGGGUGUGUUGCAGCACUAGACGCUGAACGCCUCUUGGCUGAAGAGGAAGCUGGAAGCGACUAG